AUGGGUGCCUGCCUCUGCAAAGGUCACAAAGAGCUCCACCAUCCCAUGAAAGCACGGCAGGACCAGACUGAGGAGGUCCGGCUGUCGUCUGUCAAGGAUGGCCAGAAUCCGUCCAACGGCAGCGUGUCAGAUGAAAGCAACGGGUAUGAUAUCGGCGAGCUGGCCACCUCCUCUUUGAUGGGUCUGGUGGCCACGAUAAAGGAGCACAUCACCAAGCCGACAGCGAUGGCGCAGGGCCGAGUCGCUCACCUGAUCGAGUGGAAAGGUUGGGGGGGCGGCGGCGUCGGCGGCGAGGCCGGGGGGGGCGGCGGCAGAGGAGGCUGGGGGGGGAUGGGGCUCGAGCUGCACGAGGACGAGCAAUUCUACUCCCAGAUGACGGACGAAAUCAAGGAAGCCCGCUUCGCUGCAGGAGUAGCGGAGCAGUUUGCGCUGGCCGAAGCAUCCAUGAACGCGUGGUCCCUGGAUGACAGAUUAGAGCCGCCCUCCACCAGUUUACACGCUGCACAGAAUCACUUCCUGUCCCAGUUCCUGCUGGACGGGGGGAGCGUCAGCGUUCCUCAGCACCUGUACAGCAUCCACGCCCAGAUGUACGGCGACAGCAGGCCGGCCCACCCGGCCUGUCCGCCGGUCCGCACCGUCUCCCCGACGACAUACGGCGGCCGGCAGGACCGAGGCCGUCCCCUCGAGGCGGCCGUACGACACGGAGACAGCAGCUCGCUCUCCGAGGACGACGUUUUUUACAACUAG